UACUUGCCAGGGCGCAUGCGCGAUGUCCUCGGUGGCGGCAUACCUGGAAAAUUUCAGCCGCUGUAGGAGCUGAAGCUCAUGGCUGCCGCUGGUUACCUUCCGGGAGUAUCUUUACGAGAAGCCACCCAGCGAAAAUUGCGGAGAUUUUCGGAGCUGAGAGGCAAACCUGUGGCAGAUGGAGAAUUCUGGGACAUUGUUGCAAUAACAGCAGCUGAUAAAAAUCAGGAACUUGCUUAUAAGCAACAGCUGUCAGAAAAGCUGAAAAAAAAAGAGUUACCCCUUGGAGUUCAGUAUCAUGUUUUUGUUGAUCCUGCUGGAGCCAAAAUUGGAAAUGGAGGAUCGACACUUUGUUCCCUUCAGAGUUUAGAAAAGCUGUAUGGAGAUAAAUGGAAUUAUUUCACCAUCCUGUUAAUUCACUCUGGUGGCUACAGUCAACGCCUUCCAAAUGCGAGUGCUCUGGGGAAAAUUUUCACUGCUUUACCCUUUGGUGACCCUAUUUAUCAGAUGUUGGAAUUAAAACUAGCCAUGUACAUUGAUUUUCCCUCACAUAUGAAACCUGGUAUUCUAGUUACCUGUGCAGAUGACAUUGAACUUUACAGCAUUGGAGAAUCCGAGUUUAUUAGGUUUGACAAACCUGGCUUUACUGCUUUAGCUCAUCCUUCUAGUUUGCCUGUCGGUACCACACAUGGAGUAUUUGUCUUAGAACAUUUUAAUUGUUCAUUAUAUAGAGACCUUGAAUACAGGUGUUGCCAUCGUUUCCUUCAUAAGCCCAGCAUAGAAAAGAUGCAUCAGUUUGAUGCUGUGUGUAGAACUGGAAAUUUUUCUCAACAGGACUUUGCUGAGGGUGACAAUCCCUUUUUUAAAUUAGACACUGAGUAUGUCUACACAGACAGCUUGUUUUACAUGGACCAUAAGUCAGCAAAAAAGUUACUUGCUUUUUAUGAAAAAAUAGGCACACUGAACUGUGAAAUAGAUGCCUAUGGAGAUUUUCUGCAGGCUUUGGGACCUGGAGCAACUGUGGAGUAUACCAGAAACACAUCAAAUGUCACUAAAGAAGAAUCAGAGUUGGUAGACAUGAGGCAGAGAAUAUUUCAUUUUCUUAAAGGAACAUCAUUAAAUGUUGUUGUUCUUAAUAACUCCAGAUUUUAUCACAUUGGAACAACUGAAGAAUAUUUGUUUCAUUUUACUUCAGAUAGCAGUUUGAAGUCAGAGCUUGGCUUACAGUCCACAGCUUUUAGCAUCUUCCCAGCAAUACCAGAAUGCCCCAGUAACAGAUCCUGUAUCAUUCAAAGUAUACUGGAUUCAAGAUGUUCUGUGGCACCUGGUUCAGUUGUGGAGUAUUCCAGAUUGGGGCCUGAUGUUUCAAUUGGAGAAAACUGCAUUAUUAGUGGUUCUCAUAUCAUAACAGCUGUCCUGCCUGCAUAUUGUUUUGUGUGUUCCUUGAGUUUGAAGAUGAGUGGACACUUAAAGUAUUCAACUAUGGCAUUUGGAGUGAAAGACAACUUGAAAAAGACUGUUAAAACAUUGUCAGAUAUAAAGUUACUUCAAUUCUUUGGUGUCUGUUUCCUGUCAUGUUUAGAGAUGUGGAAUCUGAAAGUUACAGAGGAACUAUUCUCUGGAAACAAGACAAGUUUGAGUUUGUGGAAUGCUCGUAUUUUCCCACUUUGUUCUUCUUUGAGUGAUUCAGUUACAACAUCCCUGAAGAUGUUAAAUGCUGUACAGAACAAAUCGACAUUCAGUCUGAAUAGCUAUAAGCUCCUGUCCAUUGAAGAAAUGCUUAUCUACAAAGAUGUAGAAGACAUGAUAACUUACAGGGAGCAAAUAUUUCUUGAAAUUACUUUAAAUAGAAAGCAGUCUGAUUUAGAGACAUCUUAAAUAUUGUAUACUUGCCUUUCUUGAUUAAGCAAGAUUACAAAUAGUUUUCUGUAGACUUUUUGUUUGUUUCGUUGAAGUGAAUUAAUGGAAAUUAACUAGCAUAACUACUGUAGCAUAACAUCACAAAAAAAUUUGGAUAAACCAUUUUUUUAUGAAAGCUAAUAUUUCAGAAGAGGGAUUUUAGGGAGAUGCUUAUCACUAAUUUAAUUUCUUAAUGAAGAUGGAUUUGUGGAUCAUUGUUUUGUUCACAUAAUACUGUAGCAGCUUUAAAGGUAAUUUUAUAAUCAUACCUUUAGAUUUUUCCCAUCUUCAUUUGGGCUUUGUUUCCAAUAAAGUUCUAAGUAUUAAUUGACAGUUAUCUCAAACAUAGUGGUCCUAUUUUGAUGAACUAAUAAAAAUGGCAUACUAUAAGGUUCACAAUAGAAAGACUGUCUAAAUAUUUUUCAGAAAGCCAUAGCUGAAAAAUUCAGAUUAAGUCAAUGCUUAAAAUACUGUGAUUAUAUUAAUUGAUAAAUAACUGAAAACAGCUCUGAAAUGAUGAUAAAAAUCUCACUUUUUGCUCAGAAUAAAAAUGAAAUAAAAAGAGUAUAUGUGUUAUUUUAUUCUUAUAAACUUGAACAUGUUUGUAUAUCUUAAAAAAUUUCCCUCAAGUUCUAUCCAUAGGAAAGCAUACACACACAAAUCUAAAGUAUUUGUGUGAGAAAGAUAAUGUGAAUAACUGGGAUUCACUGAUAAUCAUAUAAGUUCAUUUUGAAAAUUCCACUGCAUUUCCAUUACAUUCUCAUUAAUCCUUUUAGCAGAACUGUUAAAUUACCAGAUGGACUGAUUUUACUUUACAUUUCUUAUUUUUCUCUCCAUGCACUGUUGAUGCUGAGAAGCAAUAAGUGGUGAAAAGGUAGACAGCAGGAAGGAGCCAGAAGAAGAGAAAGAAUGAAAAACAUACAGAUGAUAAACAGCUUCAAGAAAACUAAAAUGGGCUGGAAUCCAAAGUUAGGUGUUCCUAUUUUUGUAUAAGUUCAUAUGUGAAAUGUUUUCAUGUCAACGUCCAACAAUUAGAGAAAAGUUUUUCAGAGUUUAUAUUUUAACAUGAGUACAUUGAAAUGGGAACUGGUUUGUGCCACUUUUAUUUGUAUAUUAACAUGUUAAUAUGAAAAUAAUUGUUUAGUAAACCUGAAGUGACUUGUCUGCAACCCUCAA